UGUGCUCAACCUGAGGAAGUGGAACCGCAACUUCACGGAAGAAUGCCUACAGAGGUCAAUGGCGCGCUGCCAGUGGUAGCUGGAGACGUCCUCGCACUGAGAGGCACCGGCUUAGCCGCUGCAGAAACCUGGGCUCUACUCUGUCAAGCUGCCCAGGCCCUCCAAGAUCUCUUUCUCUCCAAUGGAGGUGUUGUUGGUGGAUCGCGUGCAGGACCAGUGGUAACACCUCACACACUGGAGCUAACGCCGAGAGGUAGAGUGACGCUACAGCUGGCACCACCGGAAACAGCCCGAGCAUAUUUACCACCCGAAUACAGGCCUGGUCGCAUGUACUCGGAUACAGACUCAGAGAAGAUGUGGAUGUACUCCUUGGGCCGAGCGCUGGUGGACACAACACCCCGAGUAGCUGCACUGACAGGUUCGGUAUCAGUAUCCCCUACAUCAGCCCUGCAAUCUGUACUGGCUGCCAUGACUGAGCCAGAUCCUCGCCGACGGGCUUCCCUCAUGAAUCUACUCGAUGUAAUUUCGGAGUACUGUCGUACGCGCCUUCAGUCGAAGCCUUUCACUCACAUCGUCAUGGAUAUGUAUAGAGAGGUGGUAAGAUCUUCGCAGUAUGCAGCUCGUAGACGUCUUGCGAUGCAGUCUCGCAUGAUAAAUAUGAAACCCCAGCGACACCCUCCGAAUCAUCCUCAACCACCCCCACCGCCAGCACCAUCGCACUACUUAAAACAUCAAGCCAAAGGGAAUCUGUUCAAGUCACAGUCUCGUAAUUCUCGGUCUCAUCCAAAUCUUCAGAGUCUUUCUGGUCAUGAGCCAACAUUAUCCAGCCCAAAACCCCAAUUUCAAUCGCAAAUGAACAUUGAGUCAAUAAAUCCACCGGGUAACAGUGUUGAUGUACAUCAUGGACGAACAAAUUCACAACCAGUUACAACUGAACGUACAAUUGGUAUCACGCAAACUAGAAGUAAUCACAAUUUAGCGAUAAAUGGUGAACAGAUUCAACCUAGUAACAAUGUGUACAGCGAUCCCAUUUAUGCAUUACCAGUCAAGCCGUUUCUCAGCUCUCAGGAUGUACGGGUGAAUGGACUGUCAGCGAAAUCAACGGUACAACGGACAGACGUUUAUGCACAACCAGUGAGAGUUCGGCGUGUACGUAAUGGUGGAUCAUCGCAACCUAACAUUGCUCAUCUCGGUAGAAUGGCCGGUGAUGAGGUUGUUUAUGGUACUGGUAGAAAUUGUCCACCAGCAUUGCUGCAUCGACAGUAUUCCAAUCCUCAGUUGCCGAGUAGGAAUUCAACUGAUGGCAAUGGGGGAUUGAGAAAUCAUGUGUCUAAUCAAGGAGUAGGGAGUAGACUCAGGGUUUUCACGGGUAAUUCGGAUCAACAGGAUCACGUGCAGCGGAAUGUUGAGGCAUCUGUUAAGGGUGUACAUGGCCCAGUUCCACCGAAGCCACCGAGGAUAAUUACGAGUGUCAAUCGACCAGCAGCACCUCUGCCUGAUACUAAUGGCGAGCCACCACCCAAACCACCAAGGAACGCUAUCCGCAAUGGACCAAGGGCAAGACGCGGUAAGCCGGUCCAAAGGGCUCCGUCAAGAUUAUAUCGAGCUAUUACUGGACCCACCAGAUGUCUCAAUAAAACACAGUGUGUUGGACCGGAGUUUGUCGUUCGCGCCAAUCAACCAUCGAAAUUACUCACUGUGGGGGAUGUAAAGAACGGCUGUGGCGGAAGAAUAGUUGUGAUAUUACUCACUGGACAACGGAUUGACGUGACCUGUGAUCCCCAAAAGAUAACAGCCGGCGAGCUCUUUCAGGCAAUCGUUCAAGCGGAAUCACUCGACGAGAACUUUACCCUUGGUCUGGCGGCAUUAUUGGCCGGGGAUUUUGCUAUGUUACCACCGGAGACUAAGCUAAAUAAGGUAGCGCCUCCAGGCUGGUUAAAUAGUGGCAAAAGUAAGGGUCCCCUGGGUCUGCCGACCAGCUUUAUGCUUUAUCUACGUCUGCGAUUCUUCCUUCCCUCCUUGAGAGGAAUCAGAAGUUGGAUAUCCAAGCACUUGCUCUAUCUCCAAAUAAGAAGAUGCAUACUGGAGCAGCAAUUAGUUUGCCCUUUGACCCAACUCGUUAACCUAACGGGUCUAGCCCUGCAGGCGGAGUUUGGUAACUACAGUGUAAACGAGCACGGACGAGGUGAUUAUUUCCUGUUAGAACACUACAUCCCCGAGUCGCUUAUUCUCAAUCCGGACCAUCAGAAUUCCCAUUUGACCACAGAGGCCCUGAAAUCCCGCUUGCAUCAAGCCCAUCGCGAUCGUCGUGGUCUUGACGCGAAUAGCGCUGAAGAAAUGUUCAUAACUCAUGCACAAGGCCUUCACGAUUACGGCUCACACUUUUACAUCGCCACAGUGGACACCAGGGAGUUGGAAAAAAUUGCCGAUAGAAUUAAAAAAAUCGAGGCAAAUCACCCACCAAGCGGCCCCGCUGAUCGUGCAUUAUAUCCUGACACUGAUAACAUAUAUCAAAUUGAUGGCGCCGACUACUCACUGUACGGUAAAAUUGAAUAUUCGAGGCCGGCGACUUACGGAAAUAUUGAACCCACAGAGAUGAUGAAAAAUCAUAAAGACGACAUUUACUCGGUUCCGAAGAAACCCUCCGGCGUGAGUGUUGCUGAAAAGAACAACAAUAACAUCAGUAACAACAGUCACAAUAAGUCUCGAUCUAAAAAAUCGGAGACCAAUGUGUGGCUCGCCAUACACGGCCAGGGGUUGAAGUUGUUUGAGCGGGCUGGUAGACCUAGAGAAAGGACCGAAUUAAUUCGCGUUCAGUGGCGAGAUAUUCAGACACUGAGUUACAGUAAGAAUUGCCUAGUUGUUUACACAAAGUUUGGGGGAAAAAGGGCGAAAUUCAAACUUCGAAUGGAUCAUAAGAAGAGUUACUAUGCGUUUAAACUCACAUCACUGCAUCAUCAAUUCUUCCUCAAACUCAAGUCUGAGCUUACUUCGCUCCAGGGUUUGCAUAAGGACUUUGGGGUGGCAUUGACGACUGAGAGUAACUCGCCGAAGGUAAAGAGUGGUGGGAAAACUUCAUCAUCGAAGAUAUCUAUUGCUGAGGGGGGUAAGGGUGGUGAUCAGAAAGCUAUUCCCUUGGAGGAGUUGCAGAAUAAGGAGAAUGAGAAUCCUCAGAGGGAUGUGGGGCAGGGAAAGUGCGAUGAUGAUGAGCCAGUUUGUUAUACUCCUGAGGAGGAUGCACUUUAUGCACAGGUUAAUGCGAGGCUUGAGCCUGAGGGGGCGUCCAGGGACACUGAGGAUGAGGGGGAGAGAGCGGAGAGGCAGAUGAGGAUUGAGGAAGCCGAGGGGGAGGCCAGGGAUAAGGGGGCUGAUGGCGACUACAGUUACUCGAAUAUUGGGGGGACUUAUGGGGGGGUUAAGCAGGGGUCGAGUGAGGAGAGGGUGGAAGUUAAACAUCCAGAGGAACUUUAUGCAGCGAUCAAUAAGUCUUUGAGCAAAAAGAAUGGCUAUCCCACGCCAGAGGAGGUCUGGGAUGUGUCGGGAAAGAAUGGGGCGACGAAGAAUCUUGCGAAGGUAAAAACAUCGAGCCUCCCGAACUACGGAACUCCACGUCAGAGCACUGGUUUCCGGACACCGAGUCUUCCACGGCGGCUGGGGGUAAAAAUGGGAACUCGGGCGAUAUACAGCAGUCUGGUUCAACGAGAUCCCAGCCUUGCCGACGACCUAGAAUCCCUCUCGCUGAAAUCAGACACCGCCUCCUCGAUUCAAUCGGCAUCUGUACAUUCCACAGAGUCUCCGAUGCCCGAGGCUUAUGUACUCAACGCAGAUAUCAGAACUGACGAUGAGACAUUUAGAAUAGCCAACGACGAGAGCAUGUCAGCAUCGCUGGUGGCGAGACUCGAGGAGUUGUCAUUCACCGAGGAGAGAAUUCUCCAUACGAUAAAGCUGGAAAGGGGUCACGGGGGGAGUAUAGGGCUGCAGGUUACCGAGGGUAACGACGGAGGAGUAUAUGUCCAGGCAGUUUCCGUUGGAGGAUCCGCCGAUAUGGCUGGAAAUGUCAAUAAAGGUGACAGAAUUGUCGCAAUAAACGGGCAGAGUUUACUUAAUCUCCGUUACGAGGAUGCCCUGAAGUUGCUGCAGAGUUCAUCGGAAACUGUUGAGCUCGUUUUAUCUCAGUUCACAUCUAACAGAGCUGAUGCACUGAGGCAACAUCACCAGGAGCCAAUUGUUAAUAAUUAUCUCCAAAAUUUGAGAUUUGAUAUCUCGUCGGAGGCCGACGUGUCCGGGAUGACUAGCAAGUGGCUAUCCCAUAAGUGCGGGGAUGUUGCUUCAGUGCAGAAUACGUCCAGUGCAUAUAGCAGUGCUGCCUCGAGUGCAAUGGGUAAUCACAAUAUCAACGUGUAUCAGAUUGAGGAUGGCUUUGCACUCAAUUCAGCCAGUAUGUUGCUGAGCAUCGAGGACUUUGACGUUAGCAGAACGAGUCGUCAAGUUUUUAUUUAAAAAGUCGACCCAGAAAACCCACCUCCAGUGCCGCCUCGCCGAAAACGUCGUCGGCCAUUACCCCAGGGUGCC